ACUCUUGCCUCCGGAGCCCUCUGAUCCUGUUUGCAGUGAUGCUCCGAGGGCAGGCACCUGCUGCUCUGUAAUGAUUCAGCCCCUUUCAGCCGUCGUCGCGUUAACACAACAGGAUGCUGUUGCUAUUGUCACUACUGCCUCUCCUGCCGCCGCCGCUGCUGCCGCCGCCGCCACCGCCGCUGGUCCUCCUUCUGCUUUUACUUCUCCUGCAUGACAGUUGUUUUCUUCAUCUGAGCAGACACCAGCUUCAGAUGCUGGAGGUGAGAAACAUGCCUUUCAGUUUGGGCUACUGGUUUACUUAAUUAACCAGCAGGCAGCUCCGUCGAUCUAUUUUGGUCCCUGUCCUCUUGACGAGCCCGGGAUGGUUUGGAGUAGCGUUUAAAAGAACUAGAAAAGUGGCCCAGAAACAGCAGCUUAAAGAAUUAUUAAGAUAUACUUUGAUUUUGUAGUUGCUAGGAGCUUUUCUUCCCCCCUUGCAUCUUUCUGAACUCUUCUUGAUUUUGAUAAUGGCCUUGGACUUGGACGAUUUAUCGAUUUCCCCCUGUAAGAUGCUGUAUCAUUUGGUUGGGGGGGCCUCUGCGUGGUAAUGGACCGUGAGAGCAGCCAGGCCUUCUUCUGGAGGUGAGCCGAUGGAGAUUUAUUCCCCAGACAUGUCUGAGGUCGCCGCCGAGAGGUCCUCCAGCCCCUCCACUCAGCUGAGUGCAGACCCAUCUCUUGAUGGGCUUCCAGCAGCAGAAGACAUGCCAGAGCCCCAGACUGAAGAUGGGAGAACCCCUGGACUCGUGGGCCUGGCCGUGCCCUGCUGUGCGUGCCUAGAAGCUGAGCGCCUGAGAGGUUGCCUCAACUCAGAGAAAAUCUGCAUUGUCCCCAUCCUGGCUUGCCUGGUCAGCCUCUGCCUCUGCAUCGCCGGCCUCAAGUGGGUAUUUGUGGACAAGAUCUUUGAAUAUGACUCUCCUACUCACCUUGACCCUGGGGGGUUAGGCCAGGACCCUAUUAUUUCUCUGGACCCAACUGCUGCCUCAGCUGUGUGGGUGUCGUCUGAGGCAUACACUUCACCUGUCUCUAGGGCUCAAUCUGAAAGUGAGGUUCAAGUUACAGUGCAAGGUGACAAGGCUGCUGUCUCCUUUGAACCAUCAGCGGCACCGACACCGAAGAAUCGUAUUUUUGCCUUUUCUUUCUUGCCGUCCACUGCGCCAUCCUUCCCUUCACCCACCCGGAACCCUGAGGUGAGAACGCCCAAGUCAGCAACUCAGCCACAAACAACAGAAACUAAUCUCCAAACUGCUCCUAAACUUUCUACAUCUACAUCCACCACUGGGACAAGCCAUCUUGUAAAAUGCGCGGAGAAGGAGAAAACUUUCUGUGUGAAUGGAGGCGAGUGCUUCAUGGUGAAAGACCUUUCAAACCCCUCGAGAUACUUGUGCAAGUGCCCAAAUGAGUUUACUGGUGAUCGCUGCCAAAACUACGUAAUGGCCAGCUUCUACAAGCAUCUUGGGAUUGAAUUUAUGGAGGCGGAGGAGCUGUACCAGAAGAGAGUGCUGACCAUAACCGGCAUCUGCAUCGCCCUCCUUGUGGUCGGCAUCAUGUGUGUGGUGGCCUACUGCAAAACCAAGAAACAGCGGAAAAAGCUUCAUGACCGUCUUCGGCAGAGCCUUCGGUCUGAACGAAACAAUAUGAUGAACAUUGCCAAUGGGCCUCACCAUCCUAACCCACCCCCCGAGAAUGUCCAGCUGGUGAAUCAAUACGUAUCUAAAAACGUCAUCUCCAGUGAGCAUAUUGUGGAGAGAGAAGCAGAGACAUCCUUUUCCACCAGUCACUAUACUUCCACAGCCCAUCACUCCACUACUGUCACCCAGACUCCUAGCCACAGCUGGAGCAACGGACACACUGAAAGCAUCCUUUCCGAAAGCCACUCUGUAAUCAUGAUGUCAUCUGUAGAAAACAGUAGGCACAGCAGCCCAACUGGGGGCCCAAGAGGACGUCUUAAUGGCACAGGAGGCCCUCGUGAAUGUAACAGCUUCCUCAGGCAUGCCAGAGAAACCCCUGAUUCCUACCGAGACUCUCCUCAUAGUGAAAGGUAUGUGUCAGCCAUGACCACCCCGGCUCGUAUGUCACCUGUAGAUUUCCACACGCCAAGCUCCCCCAAAUCGCCCCCUUCGGAAAUGUCUCCACCUGUGUCCAGCAUGACGGUGUCCAUGCCUUCCAUGGCGGUCAGCCCCUUCGUGGAAGAAGAGAGACCUCUACUUCUCGUGACACCACCGAAGCUGCGGGAGAAGAAGUUUGACCAUCACCCUCAGCAGUUCAGCUCCUUCCACCACAACCCCGCGCAUGACAGUAACAGCCUCCCCGCUAGCCCCUUGAGGAUAGUGGAGGAUGAGGAGUAUGAAACGACCCAGGAGUAUGAGCCAGCCCAAGAGCCUGUUAAGAAACUCGCCAAUAGCCGGCGGGCCAAAAGAACCAAGCCCAAUGGCCACAUUGCUAACAGAUUGGAAGUGGACAGCAACACAAGCUCCCAGAGCAGUAACUCAGAGAGUGAAACAGAAGAUGAAAGAGUAGGUGAAGAUACGCCUUUCCUGGGCAUACAGAACCCCCUGGCAGCCAGUCUUGAGGCAACACCUGCCUUCCGCCUGGCUGACAGCAGGACUAACCCAGCAGGCCGCUUCUCGACACAGGAAGAAAUCCAGGCCAGGCUGUCUAGUGUAAUUGCUAACCAAGACCCUAUUGCUGUAUAAAACCUAAAUAAACACAUAGAUUCACCUGUAAAACUUUAUUUUAUAUAAUAAAGUAUUCCACCUUAAAUUAAACAAUUUAUUUUAUUUUAGCAGUUCUGCAAAUAGAAAACAGGAAAAAAAACUUUUAUAAAUUAAAUAUAUGUAUGUAAAAAUGUGUUAUGUGCCAUAUGUAGCAAUUUUUUACAGUAUUUCAAAACGAGAAAGAUAUCAAUGGUGCCUUUAUGUUAUGUUAUGUCGAGAGCAAGUUUUGUACAGUUACAGUGAUUGCUUUUCCACAGUAUUUCGGCAAAACCUCUCAUAGAUUCAGUUUUUGCUGGCUUCUUGUGCAUUGCAUUAUGAUGUUGACUGGAUGUAUGAUUUGCAAGACUUGCACCUGUCCCUCUGUUUGCUUGUAGUAGCACCCGAUCAGUAUGUCUUGUAAUGGCACAUCCAUCCAGAUACGCCGCUCUUGUGUAUGAAGUUUUCUUUGCUUUCAGAAUAUGAAAUGAGUUGUGUCUACUCUGCCAGCCAAAGGUUUGCCUCAUUGGGCUCUGAGAUAAUAGUAGAUCCAACAGCAUGCUACUAUUAAAUACAGCAAGAAACUGCAUUAAGUAAUGUUAAAUAUUAGGAAGAAAGUAAUACUGUGAUUUAAAAAAAACUAUAUUAUUAAUCAGAAGACAGCUUGCUCUUACUAAAAGGAGCUCUCAUUUACUUUAUUUGAAUUUAUUUUUCUUGACAAAAAGCAACAGUUUUAGGGAUAGCUUAGAAAAUGGGUUCUGGCUUGCUAUCAGGGUAAAUCUGACACCUUACAAGAAGACUCAGUGUCACUUUCUCUCUGGGGGAAUGAUCCAGCAGCUUAUCUAGUUGACGAUCAAACCACGGCUGAUAAAGGUGCAAUCAUUUCUGACUUGUAUUUUUCACUGAUUUUGAAGCUAGUGAUUGGUUGUGUCUUCUUGGCUCAAAAAGAAGCAUAUUACGGCACAAAAGCCCAGCCCAGACAGCACAUGCAGCAUUUUGUCUGAAAUACUUCUAGAGUCAAACAUGCCUGCUGUACAUAGCGGUGACUUGUCAUCAUAGGGAAGUAUUUCCAUCAUAGAGUGUUCAGAAGGAGUGACUGUAUAGGUGGAGAGAAGCUUAGUGACUAGGUUGAAAUUUUAAAAUGUGGAUGACUACCCCUUUCUCCCCCUUAUUUUUCUUUUAUUUUUCCAUGUUGCCUUGAUCAGGUCAUAACUAUGCAUGAACAUUUUUUAUCAGGAAUGGCCGAUGUGUAUGUGAUUUGUAAUCACAAGUAAUGAUUCAUCAGGAAAUGUCCAUCCUGUUGGAAGACAGUGACCCCCACCUCUGUCCUGACCUCUCCAUUUACAGGCUCUCUCACCCAUUUCCCCCACCUCCUUUAAUUUUUGCUUUACUGUCAUAAAUUAGGACUAAGAUUGGUCUAAGCAUUGCAUGUUCUCUUGUGAUGGUAAAUCCAAAGGAAGGCCUAUAAGUAUUAACAUUUGAAAUAACUGCUAAUUCAGGAAAGUGGAAGAAAAAAAAUUAUUUGAAACACAGAACCCAUUUCAUGGCCUGCCUGAUAUCUGUGAAAUCAGGGCUGGAGCUUUACUUAGGAUUCACAUGGCCUCCUAGGAAACAUGGGAUAAAUGGGAAACAGGUUAUCGGGGAGUUCAUGAAGUCAGUGAGAGUAAUUGCUUCUUUCUUGCGGGUGAACUGAAUGUAUUUCUUCACCAAAUCUUGAUGUUAACAAUUAAAAAGAAGAAAUGACAUGCAAGUAGGUCUUAGCAGAAAAAUGCAGGCUGGGCAUCAGUCAUGUUGUUACGCUCCCACAUGCUCCUACAAUCCACAGAGAUGCCUGUCUGCAGGUUCUUGAAGUUACUGUUAGUAUUUGGUAUCUCAAAUUUUCUGUCACUGUUCACAUGCCACUUUCUCUGUGCUCACUUGUAUCCUCAUUUGCUUUUUAACCUACACUGAGGAGCCUUUGUCAAGUUGCAAUGAUUUUCCAAUUCUGCAGUCAUGAGUAAGCUCACGGCAUGGGGAAGAAGAGAGUCAGUCCAAUGAAGUUCUCUAAAUUAUUUUAACAUUGCCUUUGAAGGCCUUGACUCAUCCUUAGCUAUUUCAAUAAAGAAAUUCCUACCAUGAAUUUAAAACCCUAAAAAUUCUGUUUCAAAUUCUUUGGGCAUUGGGGUACUCAGAUGUCCCAUCGUGGAAGAAUUUUAAGAAUAAAUAGAAGUUUCUGUUGAGAACCAUGAGCGACAUGUUUCUUAAAAUGAGAAUUGCUAUGCAUUUUUAAAUUGCGAAUAUAUAUGAAAAUCGAAGACAGGAGGAAAUUGUAUUUCUAACUUGAUUCUGAUCAUUCACAGAGGUGGCAUAUUAUUAUAGUUGGGACGUCCUUUGCACCCUUGAUAAAAAAGGCCAACUGACUGCUCAGCGCCACCUGCCAAGGCCACUAGAUUUUUGUUCACAGGGAUAUCUCUGUGACGCUUGUCACAUCACUCUCGACCACCCUCUGUUAACCAAUUCCGGCAGUGCAGUGGCGAUCGGAGUGUGAACCUAUGUUCCCAGCAUAUGGAAAGCUAUCUUGGGUUUUAAGGUGGUAGAAAUUGCCCAGGAGUUUGACAGCAACUUCGUUUCCCGGGUCUAAAAUCGUAUCCCACUGAGGUGUAUGCAGUGGAGCAUAAUACAUGCAAAUACAUGCAAAACUCCUUUUGUUUCACCUAAGAUUCACUUUCUAUCUUACUUUCCCUUCCUGCCUAGUAUGACUUUUGCCCCCAAGAGUGCCUGGACAGCAUUCAAGUUUCUACGAAAUGAUCCUCUGUGUAGGUGAAUGUGUCCCAAACCUGCUAUCUCUUUCUUGUUUCAGUGUGACUGUCUUGUUAGAGGUGGAGUUUAUCCAGGGUAACUUGCUCAGUAACUAUUCCUUUUUAUGGCCUGGGGUUAAAGGGCGCAUGGCUCACAUUGGUGAAAAUAAGGAAGGCCUGGUCUUAUCUUGUAUUAAUAAUACUGGCUGCAUUCCACCAGCCAGAGAUUUCUAUCUGCGAAGACCUAUGAAACACUGAAGAGAAAUGUAGGCAGAAGGAAAUGGCCACAUACCACAAGUUCUAUUAUAUAUUCUUUUGUAAAUACAUAUUGUAUAUUACUUGGAUGUUUUCUUAUACCAUUUACUGUCUUUAUGAGUUAAUGUCAGUUUUUACUCUCUCAACUUACUAUGUAACAUUGUAAAUAACAUAAUGUCCUUUAUUAUUUAUAUUUAAGCAUCUAACAUAUAGAGUUGUUUUCAUAUAAGUUUAAGAUAAAUGUCAAAAAUAUAUGUUCUUUUGUUUUUCUUUGCUUUAAAAUUAUGUAUCUUUUCCUUUUCUUUUUUUUAAGAAUAAUUUAUUGUUGAGGAGAAAGAAUGUAUAUGUAACUGAAACUAUCUGAAGAAUGCACAUUGAAGGCCGUGAGGUACUGAUAAACUAAAGAAUUUAUUAUUCAAAAUACUAAGCAAUAAGUAAUUGUGAUUUAUUUAAAGUUUUGUCCAUUUUCCAUGAAAGACAUACUGCAAUAAAAAUGCUACUCUGUGGAGACCUGGGAGUGUUGCUCAGCAGACUACAGCUUCAGUCUGUUAGACCAGCACCUUUCAUCUCAUUCCCAUAGUUGUGCUAAUUUAGGAUUAUGUUCCAUGGACCCCAUGAUCACCAUGUCUAUACGUUGCUUCUUGUCUGUCCAUUGCUUUUGCCACACCACCUGUUCUCAAAUCAUCUCCUCCCUACCAAUGCUGUUUAUCACUUUCUUCCUUGUUGAAGAGGCCACACAACCAGACUGUACUAUGAUUCCUUUUUCCUCCAUACACAAUAACAGAAAGAGAAUAUUCUAGGGCAUGACUGCCUGGAUCCUGGCUGUUGCUAUGUUUUGUAGUGACAGUAAGAAACUCCUUCAGACUAAUGAAAAUGUCAACGUGCCAUUCAAUCACGAAAGGCAACGAAAAAUGCUUUCAUGGUUCAAGUAGUCCAGUGGCCCAUAGUGGCCUAAAAGGCAGCCAGUUGACACCUGGCCAUGCUAAGCUUCCCUAUAGCAUCUGCUAAUUGACUUUCCAUUGGGCCCACGAUUUAUGGAUUCACAAUUUUAAAAGAGGAGAAGGCCAAGUUGUGUUCAUUCCCCUUAUUCUGUCAAUAAAACAAAUCAAACUCCUGUCUAACUGCUCAGGGAGGAGACUUUGCAUGAGAAAAUUCUCAUAUUCUAAGACUGAGUCAUAGAAAUGAGGGUAUUACUUGUCUUAUUGCAAUUAACCUAAACAAAAGCCAUAUUUUAACAAAUAGAUAUUUGCAUGGUACUUUUCAUAUGUUUCAAGCAUUUCAGUCAUUAUUGCAGGUAGGUUAAGAGCUUCUGAAUUAUAUGGAGUAGAGGUCAGCAAUCCUUUGGGAUGAACAGUGGCCUCCUUUGGAGUUUGGGGGUAACCUGAGACUUCCCACCAACGUCCACCUCCAUCUAUGUACCCAAUUCCUACUACCUAGUUACGGCUCCUCUAGGAUCAUUUCCAAACACUCUGGAUGUCCAGGAAAUUUAAAUUGUAGUUUUUGACUGAGCUAGUUUUUCCUAAUACAUUUUCAAAAAUGCUUGAAAUCUUCACAUUUGCAACAGCUUUAGUUUGCAUGCACAUACAAACACAUAGAGAGACAAAAAUUCCAGACACUCUCCAAAAGCCACCACACUCUUUCACUUGCUCUGUAGUCAUUUAGCCAACCAGCCAUGCAGAGAAUAUUUAAAACUGAAAGAUUGAGACGUUAUUCUCAGUUUUUGCUGAGGCUUUGUACCCAAAUUGAACACUAUAAGCAGCUAUCAUAGUAAUUUUGGUUAAAAUUGUUUGCCUGGGAUAUAGUAUUUGAGGCAGAAGCACGUGUGCAGGAGGUGAGGUGGUUUGGAAAGAGUGAAGACUCACAUGCAGCCAGACUAAAUGUCUGGGUAAUUACUAUAAUUCUCCCUUCUUGGUUGAAACCAUGUUCUCUCUUGAUUUUCAAACCCAGGCUGCCUCUGGAAACAAGCAAACCUGAGUCUUUCUAACCUGAGUCUUCCCAAUCAUUAGAUUUUUCUCUCCUAACGAUGAAUGACAAAAGGACUUGAUGUUCACAAUUUGGGUUUAAAUAAGGCAGGUCUGAAAUCUGGAGACUCAAGAUGCUGGAAGGAGUGGAAAGUUUCGAUGACUUUAUAUGAAUCACUUUGCACUCUGUGUUUGGCUUGUCCUCAUUGAAACUGAUUUAAUAAAAUAAAUGUAAGGGAACUAUUACUCAAAAGAUUAACUUGGCAGGAAAUACCAAUACUUUCAGUUUAUGAAAGACAAAACCGUCUUGUUGCUACAGGAAGCUGCAAUAUUCCUGACCUUUAAGGUUGUUGUUGAGUAGGGUGGUCAUGCCCUCCCCUACAGGUAUCUUUAGGUUCCUGUUGACCUCCUGGUACUAUAACUCUUCGUCUUCUCUGGAUAGCUAUUGAUUUUGAACUUUAAUGUGCUUCAAAACUUUAUCUGCCAGGGAAAUAGGAAAAGAGUUUUGUUACCUGGAGGAAAUCUAUUGUGAUCUACGUGGGCUUUUUAAAAACAGACCAGGAGAAGGAAACCAGUAAUUUUUAAAGAAGAGACAGAGAAUGGGAUAAUAGUUUCACCCAGGAUCUCUUUCUAACCCUUUCCCUUCAAAUGAACUUAUUGGAAUAGAAUUGGAAAGAAGAAAGGACAUCUCUGCCCACCCCACAGGAUGCCAAAAAGGCUAAAGAAUUACCUCUGUAGAUUUAAACAUCGUUAAUCGCUUAUGUAUAGAUUUGCUAAUAUAGAGAGAAAUGAACUAUUAAAUAAAAAUCACAUUUUAUAAUAUUUUUAUGGCUUAAAACAUCCUUUAUCUCUUUUUUGUUCUCUCUACAUGAUAUGGUAAGUGAUGAGGAAAAUUUAGGCUCAGGAAGGUUAAAAUCUUUCUUGGAGUUACACAUCUAAGACAGCUGCAGAGCUGACACUUGUACCCAGGUUUUCUGACUGCAAAUCCAGUUUCUUUCUAUUGUGUUCUUCCCCUUUCCCUGCCUCAAGCAGAAACAGGAUUUUUGUUUUCAACCUUUGUGUAUACAGUAUGUUACAUCUACAGCUAAGUUUCUUUUUAGAAGAAUGUGAGCCCUUCUAGCUUUGGUUUAGAGUGAUUCUAGAAGCCAAUUUCCUUGGCUUAGUGAUUCUAUGCACCUUUCCUAAACUUAGCUUUCUAAGGAAAUGAAGUGUAGCAGUGAGAAUGAAUUCACAAUUUCGACAUGUAGGUAGCAUCCUAAAGUGAAACCAGAGGAACUUUGUGGUCAAAGCACUCUCCCCACCACUUAGAAACUUACUGACUGUGGGCAGCUUCCUCCCCCAAGUUUCUUUCCUGAUUUACAAGACUGUGGUGUGGUCAGGAUUAAACUUGAAUACAUGUAAGGAAGUCUGAAAGUGUCUAACACAUAGCGAGUAUUCAAAUGCCACCUUCUAUUUGCUCCUUCGCCUCCAGGUCCUUAAGUUUUGGAAUCUAGGUUUCUCAGUUCUGAAUGGAUUGCCAUUUGUAUAUCCCCAUUGCACAAUGGAUCAAAUAAACUUUAUGUUAUCAUUUCUCCAACAUAGUGCCAGUAAGCAAAUCCUUUUUAAUAACAACUGUAUGUUGAGAAACAUAUCACCAAACAACAUUUAACUUUGUAGCGUUAAUAAGUUCUUCAGGUUUUGGUUUUGUUUUUGUUUUCUGAGACAGGGUCUUGAUCUGUCACCCAGACUGGCGUGCAAUGGUUCAAUUUUAGCUCACUGCAACCUCUAACUCCUGAGCUCAAGCUAUCCUCCCACCUCAGCCUCUCCAGUAGCUGGGACUACAGGUGUGCUCCACCAUGCCCAGCAAUUUUUUUUUUUUUUUUUUUUUUUGGUAGGGACAAGGUCUCGCUAUGUUGCCCAGGCUGGUCUUCAAUUCCUGGCCUUAAGUGAUCCUCCUGCCUUGGCCUCCAAAAGUGUUGGAAUUACAGGCAUGAGCCACCACCCUUAACUUUAUGUGUUUGUUUUUUUGAUGCAGUAUAAGUUCAGCUUGCUUCUUAUGCACCCAUACCAUUUCAUGUUAACUCUCAUUUUUAGCAGCUUAUUACAUUAGUGUUUUAUUAUUAAUAUAAUUUAACAGAAAUUUACUAAACCAUGACUCUGUAGAGCUUUAAUAAUACUACCUCCAAACGUCACUGCAAACAUCUAGAAGAAUGAACAAAAAUGAUCUUAGAUCCAUAGUGUAUCUGUUUGUCUUAGUUUCUACACAGGAUGUUCAGACAUAUUCCAUUUCUUUAAAAUAUAUAUAUAUAUAUAUAUAGGCCUGGUGCAGUGGCUCAUGCCUGUAAUCCCAGCACUUUGGGAGGCUGAGACAGGCAAAUCACCUGAGGUCAGGAGUUUGAGACUGGCCUGACCAACAUGGUGAAACCUCGUCUCUAUUAAAAUUACAAACAUUAGCCAGGCGUGGUGGCGCAUGCCUGUAAUCCCAGCUACUCGGGAGGCUGAGGAAGGAGAAUCACUUGAACCUGGGAGGCAGAGGUUGCAGUGAGUCGAGAGCGUGCCAUUGCACUCCAGCCUUGAUACAAGAGUGAAACUCCGUCUCAAAAAAAAAAAAAAAAAAAAAAUAUAUAUAUAUAUAUAUAUAUAAUCCCACCGAAAGUCUGCAGAGUGACCAAAUUAGAGGAGUCUGGUUUCAGAUUAGAUUCUAAAUGUGAGAAACCACAUCGCUCCCAUGAUCCAUCCAAUAAUUCCUCAGGUCCUCUUCACUCUUUACUCCAUGCAUAAAACAGAAUUUUUUUUUUUUCUCAUCCUGGGUAUGAAGCAAUUAAUAAUUUAUGGAUUUAGUGUAUUUGGAUUCAAUCCCUUCAAACUUCAUACUACAUCCAAGGUGGAAGUGACCUAAACUCUGAUAUCAAUCAUCAGGCUUCUAAUACAGGCUUUGUUAAUGGCAGGAGAGUCUAAUAAAACUUUCUGUUCCUUAUCCUUCAUUUAAAUGAAAAAUUUUUUAUUGAAAACAAUCAUAACUCUAGCUCAUCAUAAAUAUAAUUCAUGAGGACAUUUUAUUAUUUUUAUAUUAAAGAAAUAAUAUUAUAGAUGUGAACUUUGCACCUUUCUAAUUAUUAUCAUGAGUUAAGCUAAUACUCGUCUUCUAGUCCCUAGACGAUGAUUCUUUUUUGCCUUACUGGAGGAGCCCUUGCCUUGAAGUGAGAUGCUUCAACAGUAGAGGACUUCUAGUUUCUCCCAGUUGAGCCUAAAGUGAACUUUUCAUCUUCUUCAGAGGAAGGGGCUUCCUUGAUUUGUACUUUUGUGGCUCCUCAGAUAACACAGAUAAUUUUAUCUUGGAUCCCAAGUUCUCUUCACCAUUAAGAAUAAGGAAGAGAGAAAAUGCUGCGCAUGACAGCCACCUACUUCAAGCUACCCAACCCCCUGUAACCAGGUAUCUUCCAAUAACGAGAUGACUCUGCCCUCAUGCAAGAGUGUCCCCCACAAAGAUUCCAUCCUCCCUUUACUUUUUUUCUUGCAAAACACAGGCCUCCUUUAGUACCUCCUUAGUUUAAAACCCUUAUCUUCCCAGCUCUUCCCUUCACUGAUACCUCUGAUUUCAAAAGUUCUGAAGUCCGAAGACCACAAAAUUUCAGACUGUGAACAGAAAUUCAGUCAGAAAUUAUUGGGGUUAGAAAGAAUUUAGAGAAAUUGUAUUGAACUAGAAAGUCCUCUUUGAUUAGUGGUGGCCCUUUAGAAAGUUCUAGGGCAGAGUCCCAUGGUGUUUCAUCUUUUCCAUGAUUUGCUUGACCAAAAACUUCUCUUUCACAACAUGAAAAUAUGCUAAUCCACCACACAUUUUGGAUUCUGCUCUGUUUGCCUGAGGUGUUAGAUCUUUAGCCAGGACUGUGAAGGGAAGGAACUUGACUCUUUCCUGUUGAGCUAUUAAUGCAGAGUCAGUGAGGUGAAGGGUUCUACUAGGGGUCAAAAUCAUGUCAGUUACCAAGCAAAGGAGCAACUAAGGGGAAACAUCUCCUCAACUGGUUAAUGGAGCCACAUGUCACCCACUGAUCAAGCCAGACCUGAGCAAUAGUCUAGAUUUCUCCCUCCACAUCUAAUUGGUGACAAUGGUGGUUGUACCACUGAUAGGUCAAACAAGUCCACCCCCUCCUUCACAGCCUCACUGCUUCGGCUCUUGUUUAUGCUCUUAUCAUCAUCUGUCACUGGGCUCCAUUUGCCUCCUGACUCAUCUACUUCCUUUCACUCCCCUGGGCCAUCCUUCAUAUCAUGCUAGAAGACUCUGUCUAACUUGCAGACCUUAUUGUGUCAAUCUCCUGGUUAUGGCCCCUCCAUGGCUCCCCACCUGACAUAGGAGGCCCUUCACAAUCUGGCUUCCGUCACUCAUAACUUGUCUCCAGCCUUCAUUCUUCAUUCUGAUCUUAUGGUUUUCUAGCUCCCAAAUACACUACACCAGUGUUUAUGAAACCCUAGUCAUUGGCAUAUGAACUUUAUGGUUAUUGACAUAUUCAUGUACCACCUGUAUUAUUUUUUGCAUAUCGUUUAUUUUUAAUUGACUACAUUUUUAACUGCAAUAAAGUAAUUUCAACUAAAA